AACCCCGCUGUUGUCAUGACAACAGAGAAACUCCAACAUGGCGUCCCUGUUGACAGAGCCGCUGUUUGAAAUCUCUGGACAGGGACCUCCGCCCGACAAAACUUUCUACCAUUUCUCUAUCACCAAGUCACAAAUGAUAUGGAGAUGGUGGCAGAUAUCUCUGAGAGCUGUGGACAGGAACACCAGGCCUGGGGAGCUGAAGCAGUCCCACCAGGAUUUCUUGGAUGACACUGAGCAACAGAGUGAGGUCAGAUUGGUUUUUGGUCGUCGAAUCUUGCAGUACACCACAGCUCUGUGCCAAGGCCAUUACGAUUAUCUGCAGCGCCUGCCCGAAUCCUUACUCCUGUAUAUAAUGAGAUAUCUGGAACUGGAGGAUGUGAGCCAACUUGGACAAACGUCACGCAGAUUCAGGCAGCUGUGCUGGUCAGAGGGGUUUUGGGAGCAGGCAAUGCAUCGGCACUGCAACACAGUUCCAGCUGAGGUGGCAUCUCUGGCAGUUGAGGUUGGCUGGCGCCGCAUCUUUUUCACCAGUAAGCUACAGCUGCAGAAGUUGCUUAGUCGAAGGAGGGCGAAAGCCAAGGAAGAACAGGAAGUGCAGAUCUCUAUCCCCGAUACAAAGGUGGAAAAAUCUCCUGAUGAAAGCUCAGAGAAGGACCAUGUAUCUGGUCCUGACCUGGACUCUCUACCGGGUAUAAUCCCUGAUCAAAGCUUAGGCACGGAGACUGGCACUGGCUUUGACACCAGUGCUUGCUGUGAUGCUGACCCUAACCCUUGCCCUGAAGCUGACACUGGUUCUGAGUUUAGCUUACUUUUGUCCAGCCAAAUGAUGCCAAACAACAAGAAGGGUUUGGAUGAAAUACAGGAGCCAGAUGAAGCACCGAGCAGUGGAAGAGGAGACUCCAGUGCAUAGCCAGACCAGACACUAAGUUAAUGCUUAUGUCAAAAUCUUGCCUCUUACAUUUAUACACAAAUCUGAGUUUCAGAUGAGUUGUGUAUUAAUUGUCAUAAUAAUUUUAUAUUUGAUUUGCCAAAUGUAUUUUCAAACUAUUUGUUUCAGAAGAUUUCUGAGUUGUCAAUGCUUUA